AUGUUUGAUUUUGACCCAUUUGGAGUGCAGAAGCUCUGGCGCCCAAACUUCAUGUUCAGCUCUGUUUUGCAGAUGGCAGCCAGACUACAGAGUGCCAGAGGCGGGUCACGGACGGCCGUUGUAGGGAACCCCUGUGUUGCUGUAAUGCAAUCCUCCCACGGAGAAUGUUCUGGUUUCAACCCUGCCCUGCGGAGUGUGCUUCCACUGCCAGAGGAUGAGAGUGAGCGCAGCAAGGAUGGAAAAAGGAUAACGGAGAGCAAGAGACGACGAAAGAAAUGCGUGUCGGGCUCGGGAAGUGUUGAGAGAAAGUUCGAAAAUAAAGGAGAAAGUGUGAAAGCGAAAGCGUCCAGAGAGAGCAAGCACAGGGCGAAGAUAAGUGCACUCCAUCAACACCAGCUCGUCCUGCUAUUGGCUGCUGCCAUGGCGACGGCCCUUGAUUCGUCCCACAACCUGGCCAGUGAGAGGAGUUCGAUAGAAAGUACAUAUGAGUUGACCAAAUACCUGGAGUAUCAGCUCAAGGAAAUCAAAGAUGUAUAUCUCACCUAUCUUGGCCCUCCAUUCAACGAGAAAGACUUCUCCCCUCCAAGGCCCAACAGUACGGCUUUGUCCCUGCCCAGUGCUGCCACCCGCCUGGAGCUGUGGCAUGGCCUGGAGAACCAAGCCCGGCUUGCCCAGAACCAGAAAGCCUACUCUGUGCUGCUGGCAGCCGUGAGGGAGCUGGCCCGCUCCACCCUCUGCCCCUCCCUGAAGACCUCGCUGCUGCACUUUUGCACAGGCCUGGAUGGGCUGCUGGGCUCGAUAUCCGCCCUGAUGACCACUCUUGGUUACGCACUUCCUGCUCCAUCUGCAAACAUGGGAAGCAACAAUGGCGAGCUGCAGUACUCUCAGAGGGGGACAGGAGGGGUCCAACCAGCCCCACUGAUGAGCCAGAGCAUGUACAGGUCCAGAGCUGGUACGAGGACAGAGUCCAGUCAGCGCAACAGUCAGAAACGAAGUGGAAUGAGGGUGGUCAGAGGAGAGCGGGAGGAUGGCACCAAUGUAGACCUGAUAGAAAAAAGGAGAGGGAAAGAGGGGAGGAGAGCAGAGGCGACAGCAGCUGGAGGAAGGAGCGGAGGAUCGAGGGAGAAGGGAAGAGGAGAAAGAGGGAGGAGAGGAAAGAGGGAAGACCCUGAGAGCCGGCAAUGGAUUGCUAGUGAAGAAGUGAGAGUACUGGAAGAGGAAGAGGAGGAGCUGGAGUUCGAGGGAGGGGUGGAGAGAUGGGGGAGAAGGAGAAGGUUGUUGAGUAUCAGCGAGGAUGGAGAAGAGAAGGAAAGUCAGCCUGAACCCGGGGUCAGAGUGUCGUACCCAGGCACAGAAAGCUUCAGCCCCCUUCAACAACCAACCAUCCAAAACAACAACAACAACAACAACAAUCAUCAGUACAGCUACAGCUUGAACUCACAUCACCCAGACACACUCAGAAAAGAAGAUGGUUUUAUUGUAGAGAAAAGCAGAGAGUUAAUGGUGGCGGAGGAGAAGCAAACCGAUCUGGAAGCUUCCUCGACUUUCUAUCAUCAACGGCGGCUUCCUCGCUCCCUCUUCACUCCCACUCUCCAACCUUCUCUGUCCACCCUCUCCCUCCUCUACCAGUUCGGAGCAGGUGAGAAGCACACCCUCCUCCCGCAGUCCGUCCCUCUGUCUUUACGAAGGGGCACCUCCAUCCUUUCGCCUCCCCUGACCCCGCUGCUCUCCUCCACCUCCUCCUCUUCCCCCUCUUCACUCUUGUCAGUGCGGCCAACAAUGAACGACUUCGCCAGGAAGGUGGAGGGGUUUUGGAUAUUGCGGGAGCUGCAGAGUUGGCUGUGGCGAUCGGCGAAAGACUUCAACCGCCUCAAGAAGAGACUUCGAGGCUGAGACACUGACACGGGACUGGACGCCGAGACAGCACACACACAAACACACAAGCUGUGCAGUAUAUCGGAAAUCUAUUUGCACAAAAUCCAAGUGGAAACAAACUGAGAGCUUUAACAGACAAAAGCACAUAAACACAUUCACGCUUAACACAUUCAUUCAUAACGUCCUGGAAUAAGUGAAUGAAGGACUGUUUGGCAGGUCACCAGAAGCACUAAUGGAAUAUAACACACACAAAGCCAACACAUUACCAGCACUGUCACCCGCCUAAUGCACAUAGCAGCUCAUUGAGCGAGACGCAGUGAGACUGGGCUGAGUUACCGGACUUCACGGCUCAUAGAUCAACAGAAAUACCACUGUAGGUGGUUAGACACACACACACACAAGGGUAGACUGAGUGACAGGCAGCGAGACAGACAGUGCAGCCAUUGAGUGAAAACUGAUUCAGUGACCCCAGAUUGUGUGAAUCAGCAAACAUUCAUUUUCUCUAAAGGCAGAAGGGAAACUUUCUGAAUGGAUAAAAGACAAAAGGAGAGGGGGAAAUGACCGGAGGGAUGAAGAGGGCACAAAGGAGGAGAGGAAGAGGAAGAAAAGGAGAGGAAGAGGGGAGGAGGCAUGAGUCAGGGUGAUAAGCACUGGAAAUAACGGGCAGAGGGGUACUGCUGAGUAAUCAGAAGUCGGCCGGUCAGUUACAGUAACUCUACAACAGUGCUACACAUCGAGACAGAGAGGUGGUCAAAUACACACACACACACACUUAUAGUGGUAUUUGGUGCCUUAACAUACCAUUCACGUCUUUGCUGCUUUUGAUUCAGAGCUCAUAAUUUGUACCACUUUUUAAUGAUUUCAUUCCAUAGCAACAAAUAUUUAACACAAUCUUGUAGAAUAGAAACAUUCUCCUUUAAAAAAAAUCUCAGUAGAUGUAUUUGGUUUUAUGUUUAAAGGAACAGUUUAGACAUUUUGGGAAAAACAGGCUUUUUUGCUUUCUUGCCGAAAGUUAGAAGAUGGAUGCAACUUUCAUAUCUGUCUAUUUGCACAAAAACUGAAUAGUAAGAAGGUCAGGUUUUGGUGCUACAGUCUUGCCGUCGCCUUAAGAUUGCCAGACAACCAGGAGAAACUCCCGGAAGUCAGUGCUCCUCGCUAAGACGUAGUCCAGCUCUUAACCCCCACAGAUACAGCAGCUACGUGCACGGGCUCCAUAGCUAUACUGCAGCUGAUAUGCACUUCCUUGAAAAUGUAACAGCAAAUCAGGGCUACGGUGGCUGCAGAGAUACCACAUGGGGACAGAAAGAACUGUGACUGGUCAACACUGGCUGCUUGUGUUUUCUCCCAGAGGCUUCCGAUGCUGGUAGAGACUGAUCAUGGUGAAGAUAACACAAAUCUGAAAAAGUGCUCAGUAAUCUUCUUUUUUAGCAAGGCUCAUCUAGCUGAGCAGUUUUCUCUGCAGAGCUUCUGCUAACUAUAGCAACAGCUUACUACUGCAGUGAAUGAAACACUGUAAAUACAGUGACUCCACAUGGCCUGGUCAUUAAUGAAAUAUCUGUAGGUAUCUAUGGCAGGACCUCCCCUUGUAUUGAUCGUAAAUCUGACAUCAGUUUUCAUGCUAUGCUAAGCUAAGCUGACCAUCUCCUGGUUUAAGCUUUAUGUUUAACACACAGACAUGAGAGUGGUAUCAAUCUUCUCGUCUAACUCUUGGCAAGAAAGAGAGAGUUUCCAAAAUGUCAAACUGUUCCUUUAAGUCACUUCGCACCCAUCAACACAACAAUUAAACACAUUCAGGUGGAGGUUUCAUGCCUUUUAAGACAUGAAAUCAGAGUCUUUUGCAAUUUACAGAAGCGUAAUUUGUUUUUCAGAAUAAAUCUAUUGCUAUGUUUUUGCAAUGUGCCUUGGAUGAUGUGGCUAAAGGUUAUGGAUCAUAUCUCUAUGAUAUUUAUUGAAAAGAUGUUUAUUUAUUUUUCUCCAGUGUGAAAAUACUGUAUUGUAACUCAAGAGAGAAUAAAUAGUAGCUUUUGUACAGAC